AGCCUCAGGCUCAGGCCGCCGCCGCGCCCCCCGCCGCCCCCCGCCCCUCCUGCGGCUCCCGGGAGCCGCGCGGCUGCGCCGGCCCAGCUUGCCAGCCAGAGGCGGGCCCCCCUCGCCAAUGGCGGUGCUCAAGGCCCGGCGGGUCGGCGGCGGCCCGCUGGUGGCGAGCCUCCGGCGGAGGCCUCAGCUCCUCCUGGAGCUGCUGCUCCGGAAGGCCUCCGGGAAGGCCGCAGCCGCGGCCCGGGGGCGCGCUCGGCUCCCCGCGGGCCUGGUGGCCGUGCGCUGCGCGGGGGAGCGCGCCGGACGGCCAGGAGCCUCGCAGGCGCUGAAGGUGAUCACGCCGGCGCGCGGCAAGCCCGUGACGAGGGCGAUGCAGCGUCAGAUCGCAGGCAAGGCGGCGCCGGUUGGGAUCAAGCCGGUGACCUGGGCUACCUUGAUUCGGAGGAAUCGGGUGUGGGCCUAAGACGCCCACUGUAUUCUUUUCUUCCCCUCCCGACCGAACAUACAUGAGGGUUGGGGCAAAUCGCCUGUCCCCCCAUCUCCCUCCCUCGUCGCCUUCUCCUCCUCCCUGGCACGACCUGCUCCCCGGGCUGCGUGGAAGAUCACGCCCUGGCGCUGGAGCCUAGAGAGGCACGCCAAUCGACCCCACGCAGAGGGCCGUCCUUCCUGCUCGUCACCUUGGUAAAACCACAACUUUCUCCCUCCUCCUCCACCUCCUCCACCUCCUCCUCCUCCUCCUGCUCUGGCGAGCUUGCAGGGAUCGCGCGGGAGUCGUGCAGGGCGGAGCCGCUCGACCCCCCAUGUGGAUGCAAAGGCAGGGCGAUCAGAUAGGUGGG